AUGGCAUUAUCCCGUGAAUUCUCAAUUACUUUCGAAAUUGCCCCUCCGGCCGCGGUCCGCCCAGGACUCCCAUUCACCAUCCCCGUCAUCAUGGCCGUGCGACCUGUGGGCACACCGGCACGGAACGUGCAGCAUCUCGUAGUUAGCGCCUCAUUGCGUGACGAGACUGGCACAAGAGCCGCAGUCGGGUUGAGCGGCAGUCUGACUGCUAGUGUGCGUAGUCGCACAGAUACAGCCAUGAGUGGCUAUGCCAAAUUCGGCCGGCUCACCAUCUUGCAGCCAGGCAAGUACCGCCUGCGCGUUAUGCUCAGUGCUGCUUCCUACAACGGUGUCGUGACUAAAGAGUAUGUCGAUUCGGGUAUCAUCCAUGUGAAUGCAGCUGUGUCGGCUUCCCAACCCCCAUCUCCGAUCCAAUUGGCGCGACUCCAGCGGCUGACCGCCGAAAACAUAGACAUCUCGGCAGCGGACAUUGCAGCAUGGCAACGGGCAUGA